AUGCAGGGUGGGGCUGCGUAUGGAGGGGGUGGGGAAGGCCGAGAAAUGCCUGGCGGCUACGGCUACUCGUCAAGUUCCGGUGGAGCUAGUCCUGGCGGGUAUCAAAGAUCUUUUUCGGACGGGUUCGAUGAGGGAGUGCCGCGGUUGAACAUGGUCUUCUUGACGGGUUACCUGGGACAAGACCCAAAGCCCAAGUAUUUCGAUAGCGGGAGGGUCGUGCUCAACCUCAGCCUGGCGGUGAAGCGCGAGUACCACCCCCUCGAGAGGAAAGCGCUGGGCAUCGUGCAAGGGGAAGAGGAGACGGACUGGUUCCAGCUGGAGAUGUGGAACCGCGACGCGGAGUACGCAGCCAAGGUCUGCAAGAAGGGCGGCCGGGUUGGAGUGACGGGUGGUCUUAGCCUGCAGUCUUGGAUCGACCGGGAAGGGAACGAUCGGACUACCGUCAAAAUAUUGGUGCAAAACCUGGAAGUCUUGGACUCGCGUGCGGAACAAGCCAUGAGGUCAGACCGGAGCGACUCCAACCUUUGGGAGUCGGAGCGGCUGGAGAAGAUGGACGCUGCAGCCUCCGCGGCGGGCGGCGGGGGCGGGGGCGGGUUGGGGGGCGAGGCGUACCAGCAGCAGACCGCGGAAGAUGUCGAGGCGAAGGCCAGAAAAAGGGCGGCAGAGGACAAGUGGUGGUCCGCAGAUCCCGAGCCUCGAUCGGCCGCAGCGGGGGGGGGCGGCGGGGGGGGGACUUGGGAUAGCAGCGCCGGGUCGGCGGGGAAGGGCGGGGAGUCGUCCUGGUGGGAGGAGGAGGGCACGGGAGGAGGUGUAGGGGGUACGAAAGGGAUCGAUUCCGACUCGCUGCCGUCGUUUUUCGAUAGUUGA